AUGGACAGGACUUGCAAUGCAACGAAAGCAGCAGAACACACGGUGCGAAUCAAGGGUUUUGCAGAUGUGCCGCCCGGUGAGGAUGAGCUCAUGAAGGCAGUCACCCAACAAACAGUCGUGGUCAUUAUCGCAGCAAGCGGGCGAGUGUUCCAGAGCUAUAGACAUGGCGUGUUCAAUGGAGAUUGCGGCUCGCAGCUGGACCACGUUGUUGUCGUCGUUUGGUAUGGGAAGAGCGAGGAUGGAAUCAAUUUCUGGAAGAUCAAGAACUCUUGGGGCGUGGCAUGGGGUGAAGGCGGUUACAUGAGGAUUCAGAGAGGCGGUGGUAGUUCUAAAGGAAUGUGCGGACUCUCAUCGGAAGCUUCUUAUCCAAUUGCUUAA